AUGGGUGCUUCUAUCGCCCAAGUUACCUCCAGCCUCCGAAAUGCUGCCACACUCGGGGCCUUGAGACGCACAGCCGUUCUGUGCCCUCAGGUCGGAUCUUCAUCGAGAACCUUUCGCACGAGCACAACCGUCUUGUUAGUGGCCUCAUCUUCAAGAGCCGCAACAGAUGCAAGCGCGACUACAGAAAAUGCGAGUCAGGCCGAAGUGAAGGCGAAAAAGCCCAGGCGCAAACGUCGAACAAAGGAAGAGAUCGAGGCAGCGCGUCUAGCUAAAACCGCCUUUGGCGUGCCCAUUCGCAGCCAGAAGAGGACGAGGAGGGCCCUUGGCGGGACUGCUGCUGCCAAUGCAGAACGCGACAUAAAGCAAGGAAGAGAAGAAAAGCCUCCAACACGGCGGGGGCGACCCAAACUCAAGCCGGACGAUCCGGGAAGGGAAGCAAGGAAGCAGAGCCGACUCGCUGCUCUUGCGUUGGCACAGGCGCAAGCAGACGAGCCGCUCAGUGCGCAAGUGAUGGAGAAUCUGCUUUCGCACAUGGCGUACGACCACUUGCCUCCCAGAGACGAAUGGAAGAAUGCCUUCCCUGUCUCGAAGCAGCACAAGACCAGCUAUCGAUACUUUGUCAGCAACCGCUCCACCAUCCGUGAUAUCAUUCCGCAUCUCGGCAUCACGGAUCCAGAACGCAACGGCGAAAAGGUCACCAUGAUCGAAGGCUAUCCAGGGCCUGGCACAUUCGCCACCGAGCUUCUCGCGAUGGACCAAGUGGAGAAAGUGAUCGCACUCGAAGACACACCCUGCUAUGUCAAGAAGCUCGAAGACCUGCGAAAUGUGCUCGAGCAAAGGCAGCCGGGCGCGAGCGACAGGCUUGACAUUCUCAAGUCGUCGGCUUACUUGUGGGAGACGUACAACGAGCUCGUAUCUUCCGGCAAGCUGGCUCAUCUCAACAAUCGUGUCACCACUUCGGAUGGUCAGAUGGUGGAUUUUACUACCAACAGCUUCGUGCCACCAGACCACUCGGAUGCGAGCUGGCAGAAGCUUUCGCCCAUGGUGUUUUUCGCGCAGCUGCCCAACACAGUGUACGGCGAGCAGCUGUUCGCGCAGAUCAUCACGGCCAUUGCCAGCCGUAUCUGGCUGUUCCGACACGGACGAGUGCAGCUCGGGUUUGUGUGUGGAGAAUCGCUAGCCAGGCGGUGUCUCGCUGAAGCGGGGGACAAGAUCUCGCGAGGUAAGCUGGGCACGACGGUCCAGUGUCUCGCCGACAUCCAGGUGCACAAGUAUGCACACGAGUUGGCGCCGCACACGCACCACUUCUUCCCGCCCACCAUGAGCGUCGGCCCGCGCGUCACGGUCUCGGGCACCUCGCUCAUCCCCAACAGCAACCCCUCGACCGGCCUCACGCGAACGGGCAUGGUCAUGAUGACCGUCACGCCUAAAAAGAAGCCGCUGGUGAAGGCAAAGGAGAUUGAAGCGUUUGAAUUCAUCACCCGCAAUCUCUUUAUUCUGCGAACAAAGCCCGUCGGCGACGCACUCACACACGUAGCGCCUGGUGGGCAGAACGUACUCAAGAUGACGAGCCCAGCACAAGUCGAAAAGGGUCUGAUCCGAGAGGAAGAGGUGAUCCUGCCAGAAGAAAUCGUGGGCGAUCUGACCAACGUGCAGUGGGCCUGCUUGGCACGCAUGUUUGAGAAGUGGCCGUUCCGUCCCACACAUCUGUUUGAAGAGGGGAGGGUCAAGCCAGAUAACAAGGGUCGCAUCUAG